CUUUCACAGUUGCCAACUUCAUGAUACUGCACUGUUCCUUUGUUGCUUUCAGUUCUCCAAGAUAUAGUUCAUUCCUUUAUAUUUAAUGUUCUGUGCUAAAGUACCUGAUGUGGUUCUGUCUCCCGGCUAGACCCUGAAACAAUGGAAAGGAGAACUGCCUCAACUUCAGGUGGAACCCUGAUGUAUGGACAAGUGCCCAUGGUUGAAACUCAUGGAAUGAAUUAGAUGGAUCUUCCCUAAUAUUUCAAAGGAACAGCAUGCCGCUGAAAACACUUGGCUUUAGCUCCUGGAACAAUGUUCCAUGAGAACACCUGAUAACUAAGCAGGAUUCACAUGUAUGUAGAAGGCUUGAAGGACCUGAGUGACAUGAUUAUGUUCUGGCCACUCUCUCUGCCUGAAGAGAAGGAGAUGAAUCUUGCAUACAUCCUUGCAAGAGCCACUACAAGAUUAUUCCCCAUCUGUGAGAAGGCACUGAGAGACCAUAGACAAGAUUUUCUCGUGGGCAAUCGGCUGAGUUGGGCUGAUACACAGCAAUCUGAAGUCAUCUUAAUGACUGAAGAGUGCAAACCCAGUGUCCUCUUGGGCUUUCCUCUGCUACAGAAAUUCAAGGCCAGAAUCAGCCACAUCCUCACAAUUAAUAAAUUUCUCCAACCUGGAAGCCAAAGGAAGCCUCCACUGGAUGAAGAAUCCAUUAAGACUGUGAAGAACAUAUUUAAACUUGAACGUGGCAUGUUUCUUAAAAACAUGAGCACUGCAGUAGCUAAGUAUUAACAAAUGAAACAAAGUCUAAGAAACGUAGUAAAUAUUUCACUGUGCAUUUGUAGCAGACCCAUAAAAAUAUCAUAAAGCCACAUUAAUGUAAUAAAGUAAUAAAACAUGAGG